UAAGUUCUUUCAUUAAUUAUAUCACAAUUCAAGCUAAAAGGCUAAUACAUAACAAUUAACACUUUAUUACAAAUGUUCGCAAUUAAUCCAUUCUUCCAAGGUUACGGUGGUAAUGAUGAAUCCAAUUACGAUUUCAAUUCUUUAAUUGACUAUCUUCAGGAAAGACAUCAACAACAACAAUUUGAACAAUCGAGGCCGAAAAUAGUUAAAAAGAUAGAAAAUGAAGAUUCAUACCAAAUUCAAGUUUAUAAGAAAUUCGGAGAUUUUAAUAAUUAUGAAGUGAAAGCUAUUAAAGUUCCAAAUACUUAUGCAAACCAGCCUCAAUUGAUUAAUAUUGUAUUGCAACUGGCAAAAGAUCAAUUCAAGAAGGUUUUCCAGUUUAGAUUAGAUGAUGUAUUAGUUGAUCAAAUCAACUGGGAAUGGUAUAAGGCAGAAAACAUUUUAGUCCUUAAUAUUCCAAAGAGAGUUAAAGUAUGUCAUUCUAGUAGUGUUGAAGAUUUAGCUACCUUAUUAGGCUUUCCUUUUUUUUAUCAGGAUAGAAAUGCAGAAGUUAAUAGAUCUGAUGAAGUAGAUUCAGUUAGGAAACAACAAGCUGAAAGGCAAGCUAGAUUUGAAGCUCAACAAAAGGCCCAAGCAGAAUUUAAGGCCAGACAAGAAGCUGAAAGAGCUAGGCAAGAAGCUGAAGAGAGGGCUAGAAGAGAAGCUGAAGAGAGGGCAAGAAAAGAGGCUGAAGAAAGAGCAAGAAAAGAGGCUGAAUUAAGAGCUAAAAGAGAAGCCGAAUUGAAAGCUAAAAGAGAAGCUGAAAUUAAAGCCAAGAAAGAAGCUAUGAUAAAGGCUAAGAAAGAAGCCAAGUUAAGAGAGGAAGAAAAACUUCAACAGCAAAGAGAAGCUUAUGAUAAGUAUUUACAACAACAACAAGAAUUCUUCAAUCAAUUUUUCAAUGGAAACUUAUUCCAUAAAUCUACCUCACCUUUCGAAUUUGCUUCUACUCCAUCACCAGUGAGGUCACCAAAACCACAACAACAAUAUCAACCUCAACCUCAAUCUCAUUCUCAAGCUAUGCAAAGACCAGUAGAAUCUGAUAAUGAAUCCAUAGAUUCAGAAAAUGAAAAAACAACUCCAAAUGUAACAGUUUCUACUCCUCCACCAGCUUCAGUUGCAGCUGAGAAAUUAUCACCUCCAACAUCUCCAGAAUCUGAUGGAAUGCAAAAAUUACAUAAGCAUCCAUCAUUAGAAGAAGUUGAAGAUGAAGAGUUCGUUAUGUUCAAUAAAAAAUUUAACCAUUAA